UAUCCUUAUGUAGUUCCAAACUGCCAAUACCUCUGCUUCUCUUCCACCAAACAGAGAAAAGAAAAGAAAAGAAAAGAAAAGAAAAAGAAUGGCAACAGUCUUCUUCUCAACUGCAAACACUUCUCUUCUUCUAUCACCAUUAUCAUCAUCAUCUUCUUCUUCUUCUCUAACAACAUCAAGUUACUUAAACAAACACAAUGUAAGGACACAAUUAAGUGUGUGCAAGGCAGUGGGCGGUGAGUCACUGCCUUCUUCUCCUCCAAUUCUGACAAAAAGAAGCCUUUUCACCACCGCAUUCCUCUUCUCCUUUGCCGGAAAAGGCUACUCUUAUUCCAAUGCAGCCAUUCUAGAGGCCGACGAUGACGAAGAGCUAAUGGAAAAGGUGAAGAAGGACAGGAAGAAGAGGAUUGAAAGACAAGGUGUCAUCAGCUCAUCCAAAAAGGAGAAAGAAUAUCUGCAAGAUCUUGUGUUCAGUCUUGACAAAGUCGGUCAAGCACUAGAGAACAAUGAUCUCCCUGCAGCAGGUUUUAUUCUGGGUCUGCCCAAAAAUGAUACAGAUUGGAUCAAGAAUGUUAAUGAAGCUUUCGCCAAGCUGAGCUCUUCUCCUGAAGAGAAGAUGCAGGUGGAUAUAUUUAAUUCCUCACUAGUAUCUUUGAUACAAUCAGUUGUUCGGAAUGAUGUUGAAGCCUCUAAAAUAGCCUUUGUAUCAACAGCCAGUGCAUUCGAGAAAUGGACGGCCUUAACCGGGCUGAAUGAACAGCUCAAGGGGCUCUAAGGGAAAGAGAUAUUUUCAUUACUUUAGGUUUUUUAAUUUGUGUCAGAAGAAAAUUUCAUGCAAUUUCGAUUUUUUUUUUUUUUUUUUUUUUUUUGUGUGGAUUAUUUCAUUUGAUUAUCCUCUGGCUUCAACUGGGUACAAUGCCAGCAUUUGAGUUGUAUUCCUUUGCUCAGCUUGUUCGAGCUUCGGUUGUAAUCUAAAUUUUCUUGCCAAACAAAAUUUUGAUGUGAUACUUGUUUAUAUUUUGAA